GGGGCGUGUCUCUGGAGAGUGGGUUUGUGGGAGUGGCUUAUUUGGCGGCGGUGGUGACGGCGCCUCUCCAUUGAUUGCCAGCCAGGAGCAGCUUUUACCUCAGGAUGCGACAAACAGUGUAAAAUUGUUCAAUUCUACCUGAAUUCUCUACAGUUAACAUAAAACAAACACACAAUGAAGCAAGUUCCCCAUAUCCUCGUGACUCCGGUCAUGAAGAGUUCCAAUCCUGAAGUUAGCAGAGAGUGCUCUGUAUUCCUUGGAAGAGCUCAGAUUUCAGCAACUCUACAAGAUGGGGUCAUUCAGAAACUUAAUGGCCAUGAUACACUACCAUUUCUUCCACCUGAUAAACUGAAGGACCUAACAUCACGUGUUUUUAAUGGAGAUUCUGGGGCCCAAGAAGCCAAAGUUCGCUUUGAUGAACCUGAAAUUAAAGGUACUGAGACACCACCUUCAACUACCCCAACAAAGAAUGGAUCCCCUGAAAUAAAAUUAAAAAUUACCAAGACCUACAUGAAUGGAAAGCCCUUGUUUGAGUCUUCAAUUUGUGGGGAAGCAGGGGAAGAACCUACCAUUGCAGAGGACGUUGAGGAGGAUAAGAAAAGUAAAAGAGGAAGGAAGAGAAAAAGUAUAAAGUUUGGCACAGCUGAGGAGAAGCAGAGUGAUGAGGCCUCUGAUAAAUCUGAUGCCCUUGACUCAUCUGACCUUAAGGAAGUCUCUGAAUUGGAUACAUCGACUGCGAAAGAUGAAGAAGAUGCUUCAUUUAAAUUUUCUGUUGGAGACUUGGUAUGGUCUAAAGUUUCUGGGUACCCAUGGUGGCCGUGUAUGGUAACAUCUGACCCGGUCCUGCUUAGCCAUACAAAGAUCAAGGGGCAAAGAAAGAGUAUCCGUCAAUAUCAUGUGCAGUUUUUUGGCAAUGCCCCUGAAAGAGCAUGGAUCUUUGAGAAAAGCAUCACACUUUUCAAAGGAGAGAAUGAAUAUGAUCAGCUAUGCCAAGAGAGUGCAAAACAAACACCAAAUAAAGCAGAAAAGAUGAAGCUUUUAAAACCAAUCACUGGCAAAAUCCGUGGUCAGUGGGACAUUGGAAUUCAGCAGGCUAAAGAAGCUCUAACGAUGACAUUAGAGGAGAGAAAGGAAAAAUUUACUUUUGUUUAUGUGAAGGACCGUCCUCAUCUCAAUCCCAAGGUAGCCAUGGAAGCAGGCAUCCCAUUAGAACCAAUCCCGGAAACAAGUGAAGAUAUGGAUGAAAAGUCGGAGAGCUCUAAUAAAGAUGGAGUGCCUAGCAAGAGAAGGAGAGUGUCCAGGGCUCCCAGCAAUCAAAAGUCUGAACCUUCUGAUGUGAAGUCUCCUGCAAAGGUUUCAGAGAGCCCAGAGUUUAGAAAAAAUGUCUCUCCCCCCAGCACCAAAAGAAAGUCUGGAGCAUAUACCUCAAGGAGCAGAAAAGUUGGUGCAGUUACACAGUUUCUGGUGUUUUGUCAGAAGCACAAAGAUGAGGUGAUAAAUGAGCACCCAGAUGCAUCAGCAGAAGAGAUUGAAGAGUUGCUUGAAUCGCAGUGGAAUAUGCUCAGUGAUAAACAAAAAGCGCGCUAUAACACAAAGUUUGCAAUUGUCACCUCUCCCAAACCCGAAGACUCUGGUACAUCAACGAAGAAUAUGCUGGAAGUCAAGCGAAACCUUCUCCAAGAGUUACCGCAGAGGAACUCAAGAUCAAGAAGUAAAUUGCAUGGAAAUAAACGAAACCACAUAAAGAGGACACGCAAGCGAGUUGAAGACUAUGAAAUCAAGGAAACUCCUAGAAAGAGACUUCGGGUGAAUAUCCAAAAGCAAAAAGAAACCACCAAUGAAAAACCCCACAGGGCAUGUAGAUCCAGAGACACUUCCUCAAUAAGAUCCAAAACAGGAAUGCACAGCUUGUCAGAUGACUGCAAACCACUGAAGAAGCGAAACCGGAAUUCACGGAUUGGCUGUGCCACACUUGCGGUUACCAAGAGUUCUCUGGUAUCCCUGACUGAGAAUGAGGUCUUUGAUGGUCAUGGGGACGAGCGGUCAGAGUCCACAUCUGAAAGCGCUGAUGAAUGUCAGGCUGAAGUUUCCAUGUUGUCCAGAAAGUCAGAAAAGUGUCACGCAAGGAAAGAAAUGGUCUGCCAGGUGUGUGAAAAACCUGGAGAUCUCUUGCUAUGUGAAGGGGUGUGUUACUCUGCCUUCCACCCAGCCUGCCUUGGGCUUUCUACCACACCGAAAGGCUUCUAUUGCAAGGAAUGCACGUCAGGUAUCCACUCCUGCUUUGUGUGUAAGAUGAAUACACCGGAUGUUAAACGCUGUGUUGCUUCAAACUGUGGAAAGUUUUAUCAUGAGAUCUGUCUCCAAAACUACCCUCUGACGGUGUUUGACAACAAAGGUAUUCGGUGCCCUCUUCAUCGCUGUGCCAGCUGUUGCAUUGCAAACCCUUCUAAUCCGAGGACAUCAAAAGGGAAACUUAUCCGUUGUGUUCGCUGCCCGGUUGCGUAUCAUGGUGGUGAAGCUUGUGUUGCUGCAGGAUGCGCAAUGUUAACUUCUUCCAGUAUAAUCUGUACUGCACAUUUUGCUGCUAAGAAAGGAAAAAGUCAUCAUGCACAUGUAAACGUGAACUGGUGUUUUAUAUGUUCAAACGGAGGAAGCUUGCUGUGUUGCGAGUCCUGCCCUGCUGCAUUUCACCCCGACUGCUUGAAUAUUGAAAUGCCAGAUGGCAGCUGGUUUUGCAAUGAUUGCCGAGCAGGGAAGAAACCGCAAUUUCAAGACAUCAUUUGGGUGAAGCUGGGGAACUACAGGUGGUGGCCUGCAGAAGUGUAUCACCCUAAGAAUGUCCCUCCAAACAUCCAAAAGAUGAAGCAUGAAAUUGGAGAAUUUCCAGUGUUCUUCUUCGGUUCCAAAGAUUAUUACUGGACUCACCAAGCCAGGGUGUUCCCAUACAUGGAAGGAGACCGGGGCAGCAGACACCACAGCGGAAAAGGCAUUGGAAAAGUUUUCAAAAAUGCUCUUCGAGAUGCAGAAGCUCGCUUUUGUGAAGUGAAGUGCCAACGGGAAGCCAAGGAAACUCUUGAAAAUGAAAAGAAACCACCGCCUUAUAAACACAUAAAGGUGAAUAAGCCUUACGGAAAAGUUCAAGUUUACACGGCUGACAUAUCUGAAAUUCCCAAGUGCAAUUGUAAGCCGUCAAGUGAGAAGCCUUGUGGGCUCGACUCGGAAUGUUUAAACCGAAUGCUGAUGUAUGAAUGCCACCCCCAUGUAUGUCCUGCGGGAGAACGAUGUCAGAACCAGGCAUUUACAAAACGGCAAUAUCCAGAAACAAAGAUUAUUAAAACUGAAGGGAAGGGAUGGGGUUUGAUUGCUACCAGAGAUAUUAAAAAGGGUGAAUUUGUGAAUGAAUAUAUUGGUGAACUUAUAGAUGAAGAGGAAUGUAUGGCACGUAUUAGGCAUGCACAGGAGAAUGAUAUUACGCACUUUUACAUGCUGACCAUUGACAAGGACCGAAUAAUUGAUGCCGGGCCAAAAGGAAACUAUUCUCGUUUUAUGAAUCACAGCUGCCAACCAAACUGUGAUACCCAGAAAUGGACAGUGAAUGGAGAUACACGUGUAGGUCUAUUUGCAGUACGUGAUAUACCUGCAGGUGAGGAACUAACGUUUAACUACAACUUAGAUUGCCUUGGUAAUGAGAAAACAAUAUGCAGAUGUGGAGCUCCUAACUGUAGUGGAUUCCUUGGUGACCGCCCAAAGAACUCCUCUGCAGCCUCACAUGAAGAGAAAACAAAGAAACCCAAGAAAAAGCAGAAGAAACGCCGAUCUAGAUCUGAUGGGAGGAAAGAGUCUGAGGAUUACUGCUUUCGUUGUGAUGAUGGUGGUGAGCUAAUCUUAUGUGACCGGAAAUUUUGCACAAAGGCGUAUCACCUCUCUUGUCUGGAUCUUGUCAAGCGGCCUUUUGGGAAGUGGGAAUGUCCUUGGCACCACUGUGACGUCUGUGGAAAGGCGUCCGUGACCUACUGUUCCUUAUGCCCAAAUUCCUUUUGUAAAAAUCACUAUAAUGAAGAACUGUUUGAGAGAAAUGCAGAUGGACAGCUAUGUUGCUUGGAACAUGAUCAUGAAGAGUCCGUUUCAAGCAAUGCUGUUGUAGUAAAAGCCAAGGAGCGUUCUAAAGCCAAGUAUAAGAAGACGUCAAAAGCCAGAUAGUCUAACUUCUAUUUAUCUAAGGGACUGUAUUGCCAACAUGUCUGUAAAUAUGCCUAUUUGUGAAUAAGGCCAGAAAGAUAUCAUUUUUUCCAUUUAAUUUCUGUACAGCUAGCUUAAAUAUUUUCAAUUCAGGACAAAAUGUAUUCACUGAGCCAUACUCUGCAGCCAGCGCUGCAUCUGCACUGAUACUGAACUGUGACUGCCCACGGUUCUCAGAGAGUCAGGAGGUAAACCUUGAAACAUUACUCGGCAUUACACCCACCCUCUCAUGCAAAUGUAUGGUAUUAAUACUACAUGCAAUACUGCAGAUAUUUCAGGUUUCAAAAACAAGACACUAUUAGCUCCAGUUUACCAGUGCCUAUGUAUUUUAUUUUAGUUGUAUUUUAUAUAGUUCAUACAAGCCUUUUGUGUAACCCUUUUCUUAAUGAGGCAUAGGUACUAUAACGCAAUAUGUUAAUUUUUAUAGGUUCAGGGAGGGGGGUUCAAAUCUGGAGUAGAUUCUGUGAAUGUGCAGCAAUUGACGCACGCACAGUCUGUAGUGAGUCUUCAGAGCACCACUGGGGCAAGCAAUAUUAUUGUUUUCUCCUCUGAGACUUGAGGGGCUAAAAGUGCAUUUUUUUAUUUUAUUUUUUAUUUUUUACAUUUUUAGUGAAACCUAUUUCAUUGUUUUUACAUGUGAUUGCCUUACUGUUGACGAUGAGUAAGACUUUCGAUGUUGAGGUUUACAUGUGUUCAGCUGAAUCAGUGUGAUCGUUUUACAAAUGCACAGAUGCUACCUCACAUUAUUGGGAUAAAAAUGAAUGAAUGUGGAUUUAAUAAGUGCUGCCAGAAGCACCUGCAAUAUGCUUGCAGAGCAAAAGCAGGCCAUACCACUUUGUUAGAGUUCUAUUUUCACUUCCUAUAAACAAAUCAUUCUUAAUGCUGCAUUAUGUCUAAAACACAUCCUCCCUUGGAGGAAAAAAAUCAGUAGUGAUAAAAAUAAGUAAUCCAGGAACGUUGUAUUUUAUUUUUGUACUAUCACAUGUUCUAUACAUUGUGCUAUCCAGGUUGCUAAUAAUCCACUAGAGUAUCAUUUACCUAGAAGAUUUUCUGGAUAUUGCUGUAGCCCAGUCACUGUGCAUAAGCAGUCCAACAUACUUUGCAGGUUACCCAGAAUGCAUGGUCUGUGUGGACCAGCUUGCAGUUCUUGCCAGAACAGGCAUACUCCUGCUAUCCAGAAAUGUAGCAUUUAAGUACAUGUAUAACUUAAAUGACACUUCAGCUGUAUGCUUGCUAGCCCUCUGGAAGCACAGUGUAGAGAGAGCAAAUUAGUUAUGUUAACCGUUCAUUUGAAGGGGCAGCAAUUGGGAAGAAGUUGGGCUUAUAUGAAAUUUCACAGUUUUGCUUUCCAACAUCCUUAUGGUCUUCAAAAUAAUUCUUAAUAUUUUAGGUAACUGCACUUACCACCAACCUGCAUUCCCCCAUCUGUGGCAUUUGAUUGAAGUUCAAAAGCCACAAUUUUUAGAGAUAUCAUUGCAGUAGACCUUUGGAAAGGUAAUAUUGUGACAUUUCCUAUAUUGCCAUGCUUUUGCACAGUUCUUGCCCUGUUAUGAUAUUCUGUUUUUUUCCUUUGAGCUUUUUAAAUGAUCACUGUUUAAGUUUCACAUAACCCCCAACCACAACUGCUUAAAAUACUGUGUAAAGUAGUAUUUUCUUCCAUGCAAUCUUUGUUAAAAGUAUAAUCUGUCUGUGUGAUCUUGGAUUAUUUAUCAAUGCGUUCUGCAAGUUAGCACAUCCUAUGUGCCAAGAUUUUGUAUUCCUAUUGAAAUAUUUGUUCUUUAAGAUACAACUGUUAAGACCAUUUUGAAACUUGAUUACGUUUUAACCUUCUUGUGUAUUACCUUUGUUUAUACCACUUAACUCCUGUUCAACUUGUGAGAACUGAUGCAUUCUACAAAGUUUUCAGAUCAUCCUAUUUGAACUUGGAUUAAAUCAGGUUGAAGUGUAACUGCUAAGGAAACAGGUGACUGUACAAGAUAAAGAGUAAACAAUAAAUGAAGAUCAUUUUCAAGAAGCAAACUCUAUGGUCAUUACCAAUAUAGUGAAUGUUGGAUCACAAGAGAAACUGAUGUCUUAAGCUAUACCGUAGUUUAGACUACUCAACCCCA